UUUGGGAUUAUGGUUUCACAUCUUCCUCAACCUCUCUUCUUCUCUCAUCAGCUAGCUUUGGUCGCCAGCGUUGUGCCUCCACACAGCUUUGGUCUUCCCACGCCGGCCUGGUCUCCUUCAUCACCACUCACGAAGCCCAGCCCUCUUCUCCGUUUUCUCCACCACGACUUCGACCACGUGGCUCCGUGAUCGAACAACCUCUGUCUUUUUCCUCUGAGCUUCGACGGCGGCUCCUGGGCUACGAGUUCCAAGAUUCAAUAGUGGCUCCUGGGCGAUGAGCUUUGAGUUUCGAUGGUGAUGAGCUCUGAGCUUCGAUGGUGGCUCCUAGGCGAUGAGCUCCAAGCUUCGAUGGUGGCUCCUGGGCGACAAGCUCCAAGAUUCGAUAGCCUCUGCAAAGGGAAUCAUUAAUUGGAUUGUAUAUAUUUCUUGGCCCACCAAGUUGGUAUCUUGCAUAAAAGGAUUUGGAGGCAGAGAGGGUUUGGUAAGUUUGAAAAAUAUUCGGGUGGAUUGGCACUGGAGUGGAGGUUCUUGAGACAAUGUUGAGUCAGAAUCGGCAUUGGUCGCGUGUUACUGACCUGAGAGUCAGAAGCGGCACAAGCAUCAUGAACGCAGAGCCGAUAAAAGAUUAGAUCUAAUCGACAUCGGCAUUGAAUGACUCAUAUGGAGUACCCUAAGUUCGAUGAAAAUUAUAAGCGCUUGUCUAGUCUAUGACUAGUUACUCAGAGCCAGGGCCACAAGGCUCAGGUGACUGCUUCGUCACAUAGCUAAAGGUAAAGGCAAAAGAAAGCUGGACCAUCCUUGAGUUGGAGAACUUAGGUGACGAUGUGUACAUAUGCGGCUGCUCGACCACCACGGCCGAGGGUUGAAAGAGGAACUAGGGUUAAACUCUGUUUUGCCGCUUAGAUCGGCUGGUUGUAAAUAUUUUCUUGUAAUAGACCUUUAAAUUAUAUUUUUGGGAUCCCAAUGUAUACAGUAAACGUUUUAGUGAAACGUUAUAUCUUAACCAAAAAAUUUAAUCCUAAACCGCUAAUCAUACUUAGUUACACGAUUAUGGCCAAAUGACUCGGUUAGUGAGUUUAGCACUGUUUAAAAUACGCACCGUAACAGUCCCUGGAGUUUAGGGCGUUACAGUACCUUAAUUACAGGUAUUGUUGAUUGGAUCCCUUAAAUUGAGUUGUGAACAAAUUUUUGGUGGAUUAUGUAAUGUGAUGUAUUUAUCUAUUUUUUCUUUACCAGUGGUGUCAAUUUCAGUUUAAGAUGUAUGAGUGUUAAUAUGUGAAUCUCCAUCACACUAUGAAAUACCCCUGUCUUUAAUUAAUUUUGUUUGUUUUGUAUUUUCUUCGUUCAAUAGUGAUUUUGAACGAAUGAUGGUGGAUUUUUAGUAAUUUUUUUUUUCGGUCUUGUGUUGUAAUCGUAAUGAGAUUGUAUGGUUGAUUAAUUAAAUUGCAUUUUUUUUAUUUGGUGUAGCUUUUUUUGGUAGAUGGAGGCGUCAAAAUUUAGAGAGUUAGUGGAAGGAAUUGUUGAUGUCGGUAAUAUUUUUGAAGAAAUGAAAGGACGUUUGUCUAAGAAUGACAGAAUGUUGAAUGCUAUAAUAGAAGAAAGAUGGAGUUGUUCAACUUCCUGUAAAUCACAAGAUGUAAUAUUGAAUUCAUUAGCCUCUUAUUUCGCUGAGGAAAUGAAGAAUAAAUUGGGAAGUAAAUUGACAUUUGAGUUUGGUCGUUCUCCUGGAGAUAUUAGCCGGGCACGACCAAAUGAAAUGUUUGGUGAUGAUGGAUUGACAAACAUUGACUUAAGUGAAAGAAAUUUGAAUGAUUCUGAUUGUUUGAAGACAAAUACUAAGAUUGGUUUAGGGGAUGAUUGCUCCAUUAUUAACAAUGUUGGAAUUUCAAGUGAUAUUGGUGGUUGUAAUAUAGAUGAUCUUGAAGGGUUUACCACGAGUUUUGAUCUGCUAUUGUCUAAUAUGAGCGAAAUGUCAAGUAACCGCCAUGGAGUGUUAAGUCAUUAUGGUAUAGUGGGGCCACACAUAUGGCAUGAGAAGCAACUAUUUAUGGACCAUGAUGGAUUUGCACGAGACACUAUGUUGAAUGAUAUUACUGAUGGUGAGAUGGUGUCUAUUAUGGGGGAUACCAGUAUUUCCAGGGGUGUUGAUGGUGUUGGUGGAAGCGAUGGUUGGAGUAGAGUGUCUCUUGAGCAGUCGGGAAAUAGUAUGUUGUUGUGUUAUAUUCCCUAUGUUGUUGGAGAUAAGAAGUUGAGCGAUUAUGAAUUAAAUGUCUUUAACUUAAUUGCGAAUUGUAACAAGAAUCUAAGGUGAGGAAUUAAAAAAUCAUAGAUGACUUGUGAAUAUGUUUUAGAUAAAUGUUAGUGAAUGACUUGGAGAUUUCAAUGUGAGUUACUAAUAUGUUUGAAGUCUUAAUUUGAUGUUUUCAUUGUUUUAGAGAAGUAAUAUUUCUUAGCGAUGGGGUGGUUUCUCGUAGAGAAUAUUUCUUGUCACUAUGUGUGAACAAAUUGCUUCGUGCAAGAG